AUGAAACGACCUUAUGGAGAUAAGAUCGAGCUGCUUUAUACCGAUACUGAUUCACUAUUCUACCGCGUGACGACCAACGAUUUCUUCGCCGAUUUGAUCAACAAUCCAAAUCUGAUGCGGUUUAUGGACACCUCAAAUUUCGCACACGAUCACAAGUGCUAUACAGCUGCUCGGAAGCGCAUUCCAGGACUUUUUAAAUUCGAGUGUGGCUCCAGGACGGUCUACGAAUUUGUAGCUUUGCGCGCCAAGUCUUAUGCGUACGACGUGGAAGAGGAGGUCACAAUUCGCGCGAAGGGUGUCAUGAGACACGUUAUUAGAAAUCACCUAAAUUUCGCCAAGCAUAAGCGGUGCUUUUUCGCCGACGUGGACGACGAUGCAGAAUCCGACGAGUGUGACGACGAAUUCGACGCAAAUAUGGGGAAAAUGAUCGCAGCCGACUCCGCGCUGAAAGCUGUAGCACAAAUUCAUCGGAACGCCUCAACAAAAUGUAGAGAAGAUGUCUCUAUACGGUCGUUUAAACACGAAAUGCGUACGAUUAGGACUAUGAAAUUAGUUUUAAACAGGGCUGACGAUAAGCGUCAUGUCUUACCGGACAACAUUUCGACAUACGCGCACGGUCAUCACCGCAUAAAUUAUUAA